AUGACGUCGAACAUCACUGCACAUCACUGCGGUACGUCCACUCAGAACCUGGUUGCAUCCGUCCUUCCUCCUUUACUCAUCAUCGAGCUGUUACUUGGUCUACCUGGCAAUAUCUUGGCACUGUCAGUCUUCAGCAAAAACUUUAAGUCUUGGAGGGCCAACGUCAUGUUCCUCUUCAACCUGGUUUUGUCUGACUUUCUUCUUCUGGUGAGCCUACCCUUCCGUAUUGACAAUUUUAUUCGUGGCGAGAAGUGGGUAUUUGGAGAUGCAUGGUGUCGGGUCAACCUAUUUAUGCUGUCAGUCAAUCGUUCGGGUAGCAUUGCAUUCAUGACCGCUGUGGCUAUUGACCGCUACUUUAAAGUGGUCCAUCCUCAUCACAAAAUUAAUCACAUAAGCACAAAACUAGCAGCUGGGGUUGCCUGCCUCAUCUGGAGUGUUGUGAUAUCUCUAAGGAUCCCUUUGCUGGCCAACAAUCUUCUGAGAGUGGAAAAUAAUGUUUCUCUUUGUAGGAGCUUCAGUAACUAUGAGAAACCACCACUAGGCAUCCGCCUGCAUUAUGCAGUGUUUAUUUCAGAGUUCUUUGUGCCUCUAGUACUUCUAGUCUUCUGCUCUGUUCGUAUUGCAUGUAUCCUACGGUCUCGCCAGAUGGACAAGGACAAGAGAGGGCAAAGGGCUAUUCGAACUGUACUAGUGAUCGUUGGGGUUUUUGUUUUCUGUUUCUUCCCUAGCAUUGCCACAGGAUUGACAACGCUCUAUUUUAAAAGUCUUGGAGAGGAGUACUGUAAGGCUUACAGCCUCACCAGUCAGUUGUUCUCUAUGUCCAUAGCCUUUACCUACCUAAACAGUGCUCUGGACCCGGUCAUCUACUGCUUCUCCAGCUCUAUCUUCCGCAAUUAUUUGAAAAGAGCCAUAAACCAGACAGGCUUAACGAAGCUACAGAUGAGCCGACGGGACAGUAUGCCCAGCGGAAGUGAUUGAAUGGAUUGGGGUUUUAUAAGCAUUGGUGCAGUGUUACUGCUUAGUAUACAAUGACUUUUUCAUUAUAGUUUUGUUUGUCUAGUUUUGUUUGUGAAACAUAUGCAAUAUUAACAUAUGACAUAUGUAAUAACAUAUGUAAUAUAUUUUGGACUUUUUUUGUUAUGAUGCAUAUAGUACAGAAAUUGUAUAAAAUACAUCAUGUCAUGAUCUGCUUUUAAUGUAAUUAAUAAAUAAAACAAUAAAUAAAAUAAAGCCAUAUAAGAAUUAUAAUAAAAAAUUUUAUUUAUUUA